ACCUUGACAACGUACCCGUCGUUCAAACAGGUAACGUGGUACUGAUUUUUCUUGAGGGCUCUCCAGGUCUUACUGGCUGCCAUUUAAGUAGUUUGCAAUAUCUGUUCGGGAACGUCAUGCACAAUGACCGCCGCCACCUCAAACCAGACUCAGAGGCUAGCAUAGCCGAUACGAUUCGAGUAGUAUCAUGCAAGCAAAACAGAGAUCUUCGAAUUACAUUUGCUAAUGAUUUUGCGUGCUCAGACCGGCAAAAAUGGCCUGGAUGCAAAGCUGUAUGUUCCACACCAGGCCCAGCGUCACGUGAGGCGAAUAGCCACCGAAUAUAUCAUCAGUCAGGCAAUGCUGUACACAGUUCAAAGAGAAAAUUUGGUUUGCUAGCAGAUUAGCUUUUUGCUAGUUAUCCAAACCCUUUAAUUUUCCUGAACCCAUAUUUAUGUAAAAAGAAGUGAUCAAACAGUCUGCUCUUAACACAUUGAUUAGUCAGACUAGUAUAAAACCACUCGACAGUCAGUAGUGAGCAUUAGUUAGAUAAAAGUAAUCUAGACUUCAAUUGACCGUUUUACUCACUUGAGAAUGAUCGAUGAACUCAAACCAGCUGAAAAUUACCUGGCUGUCUUCACAAAGACACUUUCCUGAAGAUUCAGCUAGUGAUAAGAAUCCGAAGUAGUUUUUUUUGUUCGAUCGCAGCUGGUGUUCUCAGCACUAUUUAAUGCUAAACUUACAUGUUAUUUUUUGUUCCAUCUUAUUCCAGGAGCGGCCGUCCUAGCAGAAAUCACGUAAAUAAUGGGUUUUUAAUUUCGUCUGAUUCUCAUACUCCAUUCAGAUGUGCUUCUGCUAAUAGGCAUUUGCCAGUGACCCAAUCAGAAGCAGUUCAUCACAAUAAUCGCCAUCCUAUGCACGCCUCACACACUACAGCUGCACAACAAGAGCAAUACAAACGCGAUUUGAUGACUCAGUAUGAAAUCCAACGUGCUCUGUUUUUGGCCAAUCCACCACCGUCAGUUCUAGCUAGUCGUAAUCGAGAGAAGAAACUAAAUGACAAUCGCCGGUUGGAUAUGAAGAGUCAUCCCGUGAAACAAACACCACUUAAUGGACCACGUGUAGAUCGUUCAGUGAUUGGUCGCAUGAAUUUAGAUCAUCAGCGCGUGGAAAAUUCAUUUCGUGGAGCACUUUCGCUAAAGUCUGCCAGAGAAAUCGGGUUACAUGAGGUCGGAGGUCGAUUUUCAUAUAAUUUUCGCGGAUAUGGGCGUCCAUCACGUGGGCAUUUUCAAAAUAAUUUUCAUCGUGGACGUGGUUCAAAACCGUAUUGGUGUCAUGAUGAUAGAUUUGAGAAGUUAGAAAAUGGUGGAGGAUCCCGUGGACAAAACUCGUCUCGUAACGGAGAGCAUAAUACUCGUCAACAUUCUGGUGAUGAAUAUAUCGACGAUUUAACUCCAGAGGAGAUUGCCAAGUAUAAAUUAGAGAUUAACAUGGAUAAUUUUAUUGUUGAUCGUCCAAUUCUGCCUGAUCCAAUAUUGUCUGUACCGCUUUCCAAAUGGCAGUCAGAUGAUUUAUUGUUAUUAUUCUCUUCUUCUUCAACAAAAUCAUCUUCUAAUCGUCAUCGUUUUAUUAAUCAAUUUCAGAAACAACAACGUCAACAACAUCAUCAUCAAAAUUAUACAAAUAAUAAUCAACAGCAUCAUCGGCAUCAAACUCAGAGGAAUCAGUCCAACGCUCAUUCUACUCCAUCAAGGAAAGAGGUGGUGACGCGUCCAAAUCAAAGAACGCGUAGUUCAAAUGUUCCUAAUAUACCUAAUAAUCAUAAUGUUUCCAAUGAGAAUCAAGUUAGUUCGGAAACUCCUGCGAACUCCGAGACGAACAAUGAUAAAUCCGUUGGCGAAAUCAACAGUCAUGGAGAAAAUCAAGUGAAUGAUGAUAAAGUGGUGGGACAGCAUGAAAAAAGUGCAGAAUCAGCGUUUUACGAACAGGAUAUUGGCUGUGAAUUUUUCGACAUACAUAGUCAUGAUAGGGCUAGGUCGUUCUUAACUUUGGGAAUAUACGACAGUGAACUUUCUCAGAAUGACGGUUACACCCAUUCCAUAUAUGAACAAACAGUGGAUAGGUUAGACCGCUUCCACUCACUUCCCUCGCUGAGAAACAUUGAGAAGAGUGACCAGCCACUACUGCUUGAAGACUGCGCCAAAAUAGCCACUAAACAGAACGCUAAUGACGAAGCAGACACAAGUGGGGUGGUUACUACAGAGGAAUCAACUAGUACUGAACCUGGAGGCAAAGAUAAUUCACAAGACAUGACUAAUUGUGACAUCGAAACGAAAGGAUUAACGAAGCCAAAUGAUUAGGAGUAUUUUUCGUAAUCCCAAAUUUCUUCUUAGAGCAUUAAACAAAAACAAGCAAGUGAAAUUAUUUUUGGCAUUGAAAUGUGAAACUGUAAAGCCUCAUCAUCUUAUACUUUCUGCUUAGAUCCUAUUUGUUAUACCUGGACAGCAAAAUCAUGCCUGCUUUUCCUCAACUGGCCCCUUGCUUUAUAAUUGUAAUAGGAGAUAUUUCACAACUUUUGAUUACACAAUACAAUACAAUGCAAUACAAUAUAUGAUGACGAAUUUUGUUUAUUAUCUCUUUUUGAAUUGAGUAAAAUAAAAAAGUCAUAGUCAGAUAAUACAAUUGCUUUCACUAACUUUCAUUCACUAUCUAUCACAGAAUGUACAGAUAAUCAAUCCAAAAAAUAACGGGACUACAGCAGUUUAUAAAUUAAUUACUUGAUGGAGUUUCGAGCGUAAUUCACGGCUCAUAAUCUUAUAAAUUUAUUAACACGACUUUCUGAUUUGUUGUCUUUUUAUUUUUUGUUUUACUGCUUCCUGUUUUUAUCGCAAUUUUCCAUAUAUCUGGUACAAGCGUGGCAAAAACAGAACGCCCUUUUAAUCAAUGAAAUCAUUCUUUGUAAUUUUAGAUCUUAAAGAGAAAUGUGUGUUGAGCAACUAAAAUCCAUCAUGACUGUAGGAACCUUUUGUUGUUAGGUACUUUUAGAGAUGGAAUGCCUCUCGAUCGAUUACAGUGGCAGAAGUGUUUACCCUUGUGCUAUCUGUAAUACUAUACUUCCUUUUAUCCUUUCUUACUUUCUGUGAUUUUGGAUUGUUUUGCUUUCAUUGCAUAAUCUUCCUUUCGAUUACUUUGAGCUUAACUCGUGGACAUAAAAUACAACUACUUGAACCAAUUUGA